AUGCCAGUGACCCACAACCUCCAGAACUUUCAAGGUCACUUGGACUUUAUCCACGACUUGCUGCCGAGAUUCAGCUUCAGCGUGAAACCUGCUCACUAUGACCCCGUGUUCUCAUUCAAGUAUAAGAGCUUCGUUUACCUCAUCUCCCUGGCAUCAGCCCUUGAAUCAGAUUACUACCUGCAUGGAGAAAAUGGGCCUUUGCAACCCGGUUGCGUUGCCAUCCCGAAAGGUACCAAGGAACUGAUUCUGCGCCUCACCAACCUGGAAGCUGAAGGCAUGAGCCGAACAGGCCGUGUGGAGAACGAAGUAGCCAUGACGAAGCUAGCUUCAUCGGCUCACAGCUCUUACUAA